AUGGGUCCUGGGAAGUCUGUCCUGUGGUGGAGCCCUCCAUGCUACAAAUAUCGCGAGAAUGGUGUUGUGGAGAGGUCAGCAUACGUCGUAACUCAGCCUCGCAGUUCCGACAACACGGUGACAGGAGCAGCGCCGUUCGUCGCCAACUCUGCCAGCAGCUGCAGCCCCGUCAGCGCACCACAGCCACAGGAAAGUAUGCCAGACACAGAAGCUGAAGAUUUAGGAGAUGAGGACGAUCAACCAUUGUGUAAUUUAAUCAGAAGAUUGCCAGGGUGUGAAGAGGCAGAAGAGGUGGAAGUAGGCGUGUGGUUAAAUUUGGACGAACAGUUUGAAGUGACAGACUCUUCUAUAAUUGACAUGGUUAACAUUCCAUCGCAGUGUGAGAGUGAUGAGGAUGACGAGGCAGAGGCUGCACCGCUGAUGAGUCAACCGAAGGCUACGCUGCUCUCGAGGCCGCCAUAUGCUACGUGGAACAACAGCCUGAGGCGACACCAACUGACCGGCGGUGGUGGAGGCGGCGGAGGAUACUUAGGCCCCGGCGGUCACGCGCACUCGUUCGCCUACUUCCACGGGCCCGUGGAGGGCGGUCACCACGAGAUCGUCGUGGACGGAGGCGACGGCGGCGGCGGUGGCGGCGGUCACGGGGGCGGCCACGGUGGUCACGGACACGGCGGUCACCACCACACCCACACCGGCGGGAAGUACGUCGACUACGUGGCUCAUCCUCGGUAUGAGUACGCAUACGGUGUAGCUGACGGCCACUCAGGGGACCACCACAGCCAGAAGGAAUCCCGAGAUGGAGACAAAGUCGUUGGAGAGUACACGAUUAAGGAACCCGGCGGCAACGUGCGCACAGUGAAGUACCACUCCGACAAGAAGGGCGGUUUCUUCGCCGAGGUCCAUAACAGCGGCGGAAACGACCACUCCGGAGGUACCUACGGAGGCUACAGCCACGGAGGACACGGAGGCGGCGGCGGCGGCGGCCACGGAGGCGGACAUGGAUCUCCCAGU